CACUCUAUACAUCCAGAAGAAGUUGGAGGCAGAAACAAGACUGAAGGAAGGAUGGCAGGGGAAAGACCAUGCUAGCUGGUUGAAGUCACAUCAGACACGCUCUGCUGGUGCCUGAGGGGGCUGCAAGGGCAACGUCAUGAGCUGCCAUGCGGGGGCCUCUGGUGUGAAUGGAUCAAGCAGAGUUGGAAGUCAAGGAACUGAGGAUGCCAGUGAAGAAAGAGAAACGUACACCUCAUGUUUAAAGACAGUGAGACCUUGUCUGAGGAGUGCAGAUCCAGCAGGAGAGGGGAGGUCGAGCAGUGGGGAGCAUCUGAUGAGACCUGCCCUGCCGGGGAGGAAAUCACACAGAAAGACCUGCAGAGAGGACGGCAGAGGACGAUGGAGAGAGGACAACCAAGAAACUGAGGAGGAGAGACACUGUGUUGGACACGUAGAAGGAAGGGACAGAGGAAAACAAAGGCAGAGGAAGACUGAGAGAACUGAGACACAUGGAGAUGGAGGAACAGGAAGCACUGGAAGUUCAUCCAGCUGUAAUUCUGUGGAAGCGAGAGAAGGAUCACACAACUUCCAGAGAGGACACACAUGUCUCAGACCUCUCAGUAUUGCCUGCUCCCAGACCACCCCCAUCAAUUUAAAUGCCCAAUCUCCUCGGCCCACAAUGAGAGCCGGGUCUUCUUCUCUCCCUCACCCUCCCAUCCAAUCCAGAACCACACCUCUGUCUCCUCAGAGGCGACCUGCAGGAGCCUCGCGCCGCCACCCGCUUAGUUCAUCCAGGGAGCCAGAUCCUUUCUGGGUGGAGGUCGGAACGGGGGCAGCAACUGGGAGAUCAUCGCAAAGCCGUCGUAGCACAGAGUUGGGAGAAGAGGAGGAGGGUGAAGAAGAGGAGGAGGAGGAGGAGGUGGAAUAUGGCGAGGAAGAAGGCAGCGGCGUGAUGGAUGUGAUGAGUCAGGCCGUGACCCCGGCAGUGCUGCCGCCCUGUGUUCCGUUUGGAGAGAGGAGGAUGAUUAAAAGAGAGAAAAACAGGAUUAAGUGUCUGAGGAGUUCUACAGGAAACCCGUCCAGCAGCAGCAGUGAGGACGAGGAGGACGUGAGCGCCGGGGACAGAGAGGGUUACAUCUGCGCUGUGUGUUUGGACGUGUACUUCAGCCCGUACAUGUGCCACCCCUGCAACCACGUCUUCUGUGAACCCUGUCUGAGGACGCUGGCUAAAAACAGUCCCACCAACACCCCCUGCCCCCUCUGCAGAACCAUCAUCACGCACGUCUUCUUCCAGAAGGAGCUGAACCAAACGGCGAGAACAUUCUUCCCAAAGGAAUACCUUUCCAGGAAACAGAAUUUUCAGAAAGCGAGUUGUGCCAAGUGGCCUUUGCCGAGCUGCAGGAAACUCUUCCGUAUCUUCGGAGGCAAGUUUCUAAAUACUGUCCCCCGGAAACUGUUGUAUUACCUGUGUUCAACUACAGAUAAUCUUCUAUAUAUCAGUUCAAAAGACUGUGGCCUGAAAGAAUGUUUCCAGCGACAGCCCAGUCCCAACGCCAGACGCCAGUUCUCCCGUGGAGGAGGCUAUCGUCUGGAUGCUCUGGACUUUGAGGACGACUCUGGAGGCUGGCGCUUUGACAUGGACAUGGUCAUCAUCUACAUCUAUUCAGUCAACUGGGUCAUCGGCUUCUUCAUAUUCUGCUUCCUCUGCUACCUCUUCUUCCCUUCUUUUUGACGCUGCUGGAAACAGUGAGAUCAGAAAGAGAGAGGGAAUAGUGAAGACACUCCGGGACGAGGGUAAAGUAAGGUUAAAGGAUAUAUAUAUAUAUGCAGUAUGUGUAUAUGUACACUGUGUGUAUGUAUAGAUUUCCAGCAGGUGGGAUGGAGUGGUGGAGGGAAAACAACAGUGUACCAGCUUGUUGUCGCUCAUUAAUAAAUGAUUGAAAUGGGGAAAUGGUGUAGCGGCU